AUGGGUGUUUUAAAUUCAAAGGGUGUGUUGUUGCUUUUGUUUCUAUGUUUAGCUAGUGCGAUACAAUUACAGAAACAAAAUCAAACAUCACACGACAAGGCAAUAAAUAGUCAAGAACAUUUUAUUGAAGAUGCUGUUAAAAUUAAAACAAAAUCUAAGCACCGUAAUGAAAAUGUCGAUAAAACAAAUAUUAAUGCAGUAGCUGAUACAUACAAACCAAGCACAAAUGAAACAAAAAAGGACCCGAGUAAAAAGGAUACGGUGGUCUCUAAAAGUUCAACUCCAAAUAAAACAUUAAGGAACACUUCAAAAGCAAUAAAAAUUCCUCUAGAUUUACUUUUGACACCCAGAGAAAGUUUAAAGCCUGUUAAAAUUUCUGCAAAUAAUUUCACAAAAAUCAAUCACGAAGAUGUUUCGAGAAAACAACAACCAAAAAAUUUAAAGGAACAAAAGAACAAGUUUAAUGAAGACUCUGUGGAAGCUGAAGAUGGCGACGUUUCUGAUUUUAUUAAGAAAAUUUCAACAAAAAGUCGAAAUAAAUCUCAUGAACAUAGCGACAGCAUUAUUGAUGAUGUUAUUGAUUUAAAAAUAAGUCAUAAUGAUUAUAAUAAAACCGAAAACGAUUGCAAGAGUUCAUUGCCAAAGAUCCUAAACGAAAAAAAUAUAAUUAAAAGUUUCCCACCAAACAAUGAAACUGUGAAAAAAGACACACCACCAAAAUCUAUAGAGAUCUUUUUAAAUCAUGACGUUGCUAACUCAGAUAAAAUUUCGCAACCUUCAACCAUAGUUAUCCACAACAGCAGUUAUCAAGAAAUAUCACAGCCUAUCGUUUCCAACUAUCAAUAUGUCAAUAGAUAUCCAUAUUGUCCUUACAGUUACUAUCAUAGACCAUAUCACUGGUCUUACAAUCCUUAUAAGAGACAUUAUUCAUACGAAUGUUAUAACAACCCUUAUACAUAUACGCCAUUUUACUAUCCAAAAGAGAGGCCUCAGGUUCUUUGGAAAAGUUGGAACACCAUGGACAUCACUAUUAACAAUGUGAAAUCAAUAAGAUUAAAUUGUGCCAAAGAAAGUGAGAACGUUGGAAAAGAAAAUAAUCAAGACGACACUGUCCAAGAUUAG